AUGCAAGAUAAGGCGGUGCAAAAGGCGCUAAUGGAGAAACGUGCACGGUUACUUCUUGGAGUCCGCAUGAAUUACGCCCCGUUUUCAUUCAUGCGGCGCCGUAGAAUAACGGCUGCUGCACUUCCAGUGGCUGAACGGUCUGACCCGCUCAGCAUCUGUUACCGUUGCGUGCAUGAACGUCCCUUUGUGGAGCCCCCACCGGAAGGCGACAACAACUCGGACGGUGAAGCUUAUGAGACAGCCCGUGAUGCACUGCUCCAGCUUAAUAUGAUGGUGCGCCGUGGUAUUGAGCCCGAUGCCCUCAUGUACACUUCUCUCAUUGCGACCAUGGGUCGGGCUCGGUUGGAGUGGCAGGCGUACAAACUGUUUUCUCGCAUGCUGGAGAGCGGUAUCCGACCGCUUCCCGAGACGUACGUGGCUUUGCACGACGCAACGUCUCCGAGGCGACACCAUCUUCGGUGUGACUUACAACAGAAAAUCGAAGAGUCUCUUGAGACGUUUCCUGAGGAACUUGCGGAGGCUGAGUUGCAGCUACAGCGGGAAAGGGACAGAUUAUGUGUGCAGAAAUUCGAGGAGUACAUGAGCGGUGUGCUGCCACCGGCGCCACCACCGCCACCGUCGGAGCAAGAGGCUAUUUCUGUGCGGGACAAGGAGCGUGAAGGAGAUCGGUCGUCAUCUUUUGGUGGGGGAUCAAAUGCUGCGGGGUUGGGAAAAAGUGAUGCGAAACCCAUCGCCACAAUGCAUAUACGGAACCCCACAGACGCAUGGAGCACCGCUCGGAUGAUGGAUGAGCAGCAGAAGCUUGGAAAUCAGCGAGCUCAGGGUAGUACGGCAAUUUCCCUGUGUGAGCAACUAGACAAACUCCAUGAAGAGGAGCUGCGCAUAUUUCUUUCCGCUCAGAGGCAGCUACGGCACGGAAACAAAACCGACCUAGUAAAGCGUGUUCUUCACUGCGUCAGUGAAAAGAGCAUUCGAGAUAUGCUGGAGCGUCGCAAGCAUUACUUCCAGUCGGUGGCCCACAUUUUGGAAAAUGACUUGAAUUCCCUUCGUCGCGACGGGAUCAUGGCGGAGAAUAAGGCAGACGAGAGUGUUAAUAAUGAAGGUACUGAUGCAAUUCCAUCUGCUGCCAACAGUGGUGGCUCCCAGCCCGUAAUAAUUUCGUAUGCUUGUGGUGUAGACCAGACGAUAACGGCAGAGGAAAAAGAAUCGGUUGCUCCUGAUUUCCUUCACACACCGUGGGGUAUUCUGCGUAAGCCAGUUCGUCAUACUUCUACAGGGGAAAAGUCACGUAGCAUUGAUCGACUGCAACGUCUCUCGCUGAACGUAGACGAGCUGCAGCUUGUGCGCAGCAAAGCAUCUACUGGCGAUCUUGACGAGCUUCCGGAGAGUUUACUCCGACGUUACGCGUACCAGUUUUCCCUGACAUGGAAGCGGCGGCACCCGCUCUCGCUCCUGGAAGCCGUGCAGUGGCACUCUACCACGCUCCUUCCGCAACAGCUUAACGAGGAAGGCGGCGCAUCCCCCACACCAGCUCUGCGUCGCCAGCAGGAGGAUGAGGGUGUGCACAAGACGCUGGAGAAUUAUGAAGCUUUUCGCAUUAUUUCGCAGCGGACAAACAAUCUGCAGGUGGUGGACAAUAAGGAGAUUAACUUACACUUGAAAGCUAUCCGCCGUGAAGCUCUCAGGAAGGAGCGGCGGGCAGAGGAAACGUUGCGGCGCGAGCACAGUCUACUUGAAGCGGCGGCGCUCGCGGCUUCAGCGAAGUCCUUCACGCCACCUGAGGAGGAUAUGGUUCCUUCAUCGCGUGUGCUUGGUGUGGAUGCAGAGCACAAUAAUGACAACGAAAGUAGCGGCCGGCUUCUGCCAACCUCCUCAGAUUGGGAAAAGGGGGAAUCGCAAGAAGAUGAACCAAAAGAGCUGCCGCCUUGGGCAAUUUUCAAUGGCGAGGAGGAAUUUAACAUGACAACGGGACGUUUUGGUGACCCACGUAUCGGCCGCUACCAGGAGCUCAGUGACGGCCGCUUCAAAAUCCUUCCCUCCCGUGAGGCACAGUCGCGCUGGACAGUGAACCGACAGCUUCUUCCGGGAGCCCUGCAGGAUACAUUACAGCGUGCGGAAUUACAACAAAAGACUCGCGUAGAAGCUGUGGAGAAGGUACAUCAGGAGAAGCUUAAGUUCAAACGUUACCGCAAGUGGGAUGCGUUUCUGCGAAAAGCGCAGGAUAAGCAGAAAGGGAAGCCCCAAACCGACGAUAAGGAAGGAGACGGGGAUGGUAAAAAGAGCGCUGGGCCGCUUCCUGCGAAAAAGCGACUCUCUCUGUUACUGCGCAAAGGGAAAGAUAAGGCACCCAUUGACGAUGCUGUUAAGGCUAAGUAUUGCAAAACUCUGUAA